GUGAAGAUUUCUUCUGAUUCUAGGAGGAAGCAAUGAUGGCAACACCUAAAGAACUGCUCCUCAGAGUUUUGGAAGAUUUGGGAAAUGAAGAGUUAAAAGAAUUCCAGUGGUUCCUCCAGCAGUCUGACAUCCUGAAAGACUUCCGAGCCAUCCCAAAGAGUCGAUUGGAGAAAGCAGACAGGCAGGACACACUGGAUGUGAUGGUUCAGACCUACGAAAACGACGCUGUGAAAGUGACCCAGAUGGUUUUGAGUAAGAUGAACAGGAAUGAUCUAGUUCAGCAUUUGACAAACAUCAGCUCUAGACCCAGAGUGAUCCUUUCUGAGUGCCAGCAUAAAUUCAAAUCCAACCUGAAGAGGAAGUGCCAGUGUUUGUUUGAGGGAAUUGCAAAAUCAGGAAAGACGAUGCAUCUGAGUCAGAUCUACACAGAGCUGUACAUUACAGACAAAGAACUUGGAGGCAUUAGCAAUGAACAUGAGAUCAGGCAGAUUGAAAUAGCUUCCAGAGAAGCAGUGACACUAAGGGCACAGAUCAAAAGUGAGGACAUCUUCAAGCCCUUACAUGGAAGAGAUGAACCAGUCAGAACAUUGUUGACGAAGGGAGUGGCUGGCAUUGGGAAAACUGUCUUUACACAGAAGUUCGCUCUGGACUGGGCUGAGGGCAAACUCUACCGGGAUAUAGACUUCACUUUUCCAUUCACUUUCCGAGAGCUCAAUUGCCUAAAAGAAAAAGAGUAUAGCUUAGUGAAACUUAUUCAUCACUUCUUUAUUGAGACCAGAGAAGCUGGAAUCAUCAGGUUUGACCAGUUCCAGGUAGUGUUCAUCUUUGAUGGUCUGGAUGAGUGUCGACUACCUUUAGACUUCAAGAACAAUGACAUUCUGACUGAUGUUACACAGCCAACCUCAGUGGAUGUGCUACUGACAAACCUCAUCAAGGGGAACCUGCUUCCCUCUGCUCACCUCUGGAUAACCACACGACCUGCAGCAGCCAAUCAGAUCCCUCGAGAGCUUAUUGACAUGGUGACAGAGGUGAGAGGCUUCACUGACCCACAGAAGGAGGAAUACUUCAGGAAGAAAUUCAGAGAUGAGGAACAGGCCAGCAGAAUCAUCUCCCACAUCAAGACAUCGCGAAUCCUCCAUAUGAUGUGCCACAUCCCAGUCUUCUGCUGGAUCACUGCUACAGUUCUGGAGGACAUGUUGCAAACCAGUGUGAGAGGAGACCUGCCCAAGGCCCUGACUGAGAUGUACAUCCACUUCCUGGUAGUUCAAUCCAAACUGCAGAACAUCAAGUACCAUGGGAAAGAUGAGACAGAUUCACACUGGACUGCAGAAAGCAGGACCAUGAUCCUGUUGCUGGGAAAGCUGGCCUUUGAGCAGCUGGAGAGUGGCAACCUGAUUUUCUAUGAAGAAGACCUGACUGAAUGUGGCAUAGAUGCCAGUGCAGCCUCAGUGUAUACAGGAGUGUUAACACAGAUUUUUAAAGAGCAGCGUGGGCUGUACCAGGACAAGGUUUUCUGCUUUGUCCAUCUAAGCAUUCAGGAGUUUCUGGCUGCUCUUUAUGUCAGCAUCUCAUUCAACAAUUCUGGUGUCAAUCGCCUGUUAGAAGCGCCUUCCUCAGAAGGAACUUCGCAGACCGAUACACCACUCAGCCACAAAGCUGCUGUGAAAUACCUCUACCAGAGUGCUGUAGACAAGGCCUUACAGAGUCCAAAUGGACACCUGGACUUAUUCCUUCGUUUCCUCUUGGGCCUAUCACUGCAGACCAAUCAGAUUCUCCUACGAGGCCUGCUGAAACAGACAGGAGAUAGCACACAAACCAAUCAGAAAACAGUGGAGUACAUCAAGGAGAAGAUCCGGAAGAACCCCUCACCAGACAGAAGCAUCAACCUGUUCCACUGUCUGAAUGAGCUGAAUGACCAUUCUUUAGUAGAGGAAAUCCAACAGUACCUGAGAUCAGGAGAUCACACCACAGACAAACUCUCUCCCACUCAGUGGUCAGCUCUGAUCUUCAUCUUACUGACAUCAGAAAAGGAACUGGAUGUGUUUGACCUGAAGAAAUUCUUUGCUUCAGAGCGUGGUCUUCUAAGGCUGCUGCCAGUGGUCAAAGCCUACAAUAAAUCUGUGUUGAGUGGCUGUAAUCUGUCAGAGAGAAGCUGUAAAGCGCUGGCCUCAGUUCUCAGCUUCCCGUCCUCCAGCCUGAAGGAGCUGGACCUGAGCUACAACGAGCUGCAUGAUUCAGGAGUGAAGCUGCUCUCUGCUGGACUGGAGAGUCCACAUUGUAAACUAGAAGCUCUCAGGCUGAGUGGCUGUAAGCUGUCAGAGGAAUGCUGUGCAGCUCUGGCCUCGGUUCUCAGCUCCCAGUCCUCCAGCCUGAAGGAGCUGGACCUGAGUAACAAUGAGCUGCAGGACUCAGGAGUGAAGCUGCUCUCUGCUGCACUGGAACACCCACACUGUCAACUGGAAACCCUCAGGCUGAGUGGCUGUAAGCUGUCAGAGAGAAGCUGUGCAGCUCUGGCCGCACUUCUCAGCUCCCCGUCCUCCAGCCUGAAGCAGCUGGACCUGAGCUACAACAAGCUGCAGGACUCAGGAGUGAAGCUGCUCUCUGCUGCGCUGGAGGAGCCACGCUCUAAACUGCAGAAUCUCAGACUGAGUGGCUGUAAGCUGUCAGAGAGAAGCUGUGCAGCUCUGGCCUCGGUUCUCAGCUCCCCGUCCCCCAGCCUGAAGCAGCUGGACCUGAGUAACAACGACCUGCAGGACUCAGGAGUGAAGCUGCUCUCUGCUGCGUUGAGGGAGCCACGCUGUCAACUGCAGAUUCUCAGGCUGUCGGGCUGUCUGCUCACUGAGGAAGGCUGUGUCUCUGUGGCCUCGGCUCUGAGCUCCAACCCCUCCCAUCUGCGAGAGCUGGACCUGAGCUACAAUCAUCCAGGAGACUCAGGAGUGAAGCUGCUCUCUGCUGGACUGGAGGAUCCAACCUGGAGACUGGACAUGCUCAGAGUGGACCAUGGUGGAGAGCAGAGACUGCAGCCAGGUCCGAGGAAGUAUGCCUGUGAACUCACACUGGACCCAAACACAGCCAACCCGCUCGUCGUCCUGUCUGAGGACAACAGAAAGGCGAUGUCUGUGACGGAGGAACUGUCAUACCCUGAUGACCCAGAGAGGUUUGACCAAUGGAAGCAGGUGCUGUGUAAAGAUGGUCUGACUGGUCGCUGCUACUGGGAGGUGGAGUGGGAGGGAUGGGUGAAUAUAGGAGUGACUUACAGAGGGCUGACAAGGAAAGGAAAGAAUUUCGACUGCUGUCUUGGUCUAAAUGACAAGUCCUGGAGUCUGUUCUGCUAUGAUGAUGAUUACUCUGCUUGGCACAAAAACAAAGAAACGUACAUACCCACUCCCUCCACCGGCUCUAAAAGAGUAGCAAUGUAUCUGGACUCUCUUGCUGGCUCGCUGUCUUUCUACAUGGUCUCCUCUGAUGCACUGACCCACCUCCACACCUUCCAUUCCUGCUUCACCGAGCCUCUUUACCCUGGGUUCAGGUUUGGAUAUGGGACUGGGUUUGAGUCCUCCGCGUCUCUUUGUCAAAUAUAGCAAGUUCAUUCUGAAGGUUACUUUGUUCACGAUAUACAGGGAUGUUUAACAAAAUAGAAUCAAGUUAUUUUUCAUGACAUCAUGUUGAUGGUGAAAUAUUUUCCUCUCUGACCUUGUUUAUUUGAAAUUGGAGUAAUCUCACCACCCCAGGCUAAUCAUCUGUCCUCAUUUUAUGGUUUCCCAGAAUGUAAGUUGAGGAAGUGACCACAGUUUAUCAGCGGUCACCUAAGACCAACUCCUCCCACUUAUAUAAAUAUAAAUCAUAUAUUGUGGCCUUCAUACUCACCACAUCUCAACCAGGCUAAACACCUAUGGCAGAUUUAGGACUGACGUGUUAUACAGUGUUUUCUACCAUCAUCAACAAAACACCCUAUGAGUGAAUGAGUGAAAAUCAUCCCUCCAGAAGAGUCUCAGAGAUUUAGAAAAUCCAUGUCAAAGCACAUUUAUACUGAUUGGCCACAUAGUGGUGCGACACAACCAUACCACUGUAAAUGGACUACAUUUCUAUAGUGUUUUUAUAUACUAGGCAAAAAAAGUUCUGCACCGCUUUUUCAGUCUAUAAUUUC